GAAGGUUAGAUCCUCGUUUUCAUCGAUCAGUCCUUCCCUUUCUCUUCGUUUUCCUGUAAAAACCAAAGUUCUCUCCAUUUUCUCUGCUUCCUGAUCUGUGUAAGGCAACUAUUGUUUCUUUCUGUGUUCCCAAUCUUUAAGUGGCUGAUUAAUUUGAUGGCUUCCACAAUGUUCUCUCUAGCUUCUGCCGCUCCAUCAGCUUCAUUUUCCUUGCAAGAUAAUCUCAAGUCAAAGCUAAAGCUGGGGACUACUAGCCAAAGUGCCUUUUUCGGGAAAGACUUCGCGAAGGCAAAGUCAAAUGGUCGUACUACUAUGGCUGUUGCUGUGAACGUCUCUCGGUUUGAGGGAAUAACUAUGGCUCCUCCUGACCCCAUUCUUGGAGUUUCUGAAGCAUUCAAGGCUGAUACAAAUGAACUAAAGCUUAACCUUGGUGUUGGAGCUUACCGCACGGAGGAGCUUCAACCAUAUGUCCUCAAUGUUGUUAAGAAAGCAGAAAACCUUAUGCUAGAAAGAGGAGAUAACAAAGAGUAUCUUCCAAUAGAAGGUUUGGCUGCAUUCAACAAAGUCACAGCAGAGUUAUUGUUUGGAGCAGAUAAUCCAGUGAUUCAGCAACAAAGGGUGGCUACUAUUCAAGGUCUGUCAGGAACUGGGUCAUUGCGUAUUGCUGCAGCACUGAUAGAGCGUUACUUCCCUGGCUCUAAGGUUUUGAUAUCAUCUCCAACCUGGGGAAAUCAUAAGAACAUUUUCAAUGAUGCCAGGGUGCCUUGGUCUGAAUAUCGAUAUUAUGAUCCCAAAACAGUUGGCCUGGAUUUUGCUGGGAUGAUAGAAGAUAUAAAGGCUGCUCCUGAAGGAUCAUUUAUCUUGCUCCAUGGCUGUGCGCACAACCCAACUGGUAUUGAUCCCACAAUUGAACAAUGGGAAAAGAUUGCUGAUGUAAUUCAGGAGAAGAAUCACAUUCCAUUUUUUGAUGUCGCCUACCAGGGAUUUGCAAGCGGCAGCCUUGACGAAGAUGCCUCAUCUGUGAGAUUGUUUGCUGCACGUGGCAUGGAGCUUUUGGUUGCUCAAUCAUAUAGUAAAAAUCUGGGUCUGUAUGGAGAAAGGAUUGGAGCUAUUAAUGUUCUAUGCUCAUCCGCUGAUGCAGCGACAAGGGUGAAAAGCCAGCUAAAAAGGCUUGCUCGACCAAUGUACUCAAAUCCUCCAAUUCACGGUGCUAGAAUUGUUGCCAAUGUUGUUGGAAUUCCUGAGUUCUUUGACGAAUGGAAACAAGAGAUGGAAAUGAUGGCAGGAAGGAUAAAGAGUGUGAGACAGAAGCUAUACGAUAGCCUCUCCACCAAGGAUAAGAGUGGAAAGGACUGGUCAUACAUUUUGAAGCAGAUUGGAAUGUUCUCCUUCACAGGCCUCAACAAAGCUCAGAGCGAGAACAUGACCAACAAGUGGCAUGUGUACAUGACAAAAGACGGGAGGAUAUCGUUGGCUGGAUUAUCGGCUGCUAAAUGCGAAUAUCUUGCAGAUGCCAUAAUUGACUCAUACUACAAUGUCAGCUAAAGAUCUUGGAUUAUGAGAAAUAGUAGUUCAUAGUAACAUCCGGAGGAAAUUCAGCGUAGUUUAUUCCUUAUUUUGAGCAAGUUAUCCUCAAAUAUUGUAAUAAUAAUAGUUUUUGAUUUGUCUGCUGCGGUUCACAGAUUUAUCUGUAUGGAGCAAAUUUUGGGACAACUUCUAAACAGCCAGAUUCUGAGGUUAUUAUAUAAGAAAGUUUUCCAGAGCGAAA